UUGUUUUGUUGGUCGAAAAUGCUGUCUUAUCAGAAUAUGAACGAGAAUCAGCGUCGGUUGUAUGACGAAGCCAAGGAAGCGAAUCGGAGUGGAUGGCUCGAUUUGAGGCACAACGAGAUUGGCGAUGCUGAAGCGCAGGCGAUUGCAGAGGCACUCAAGGUGAACACCGAGACGAACACAAUUCUAUUGGGCAAGAAUCGGAUUGGCGAUGCUGGAGCGCAGGCGAUUGCCGAGGCACUCAAAGUGAACAAGAGUGUCAUUACACUCUAUGUGGAAGGGAAUCAGAUUGGCGAUGCGGGAGCUCAAGCGAUUGCUGAAACACUCAAAGUGAACACGACGCUCACUGUGCUUGAUGUGAGCGACAAUCAGAUUGGCGAUGCUGGAGCGCAGGCGAUUUUUGAGGCAAUCAAAGUAAACCCGACAGUGACUUUUAUCGAUUUGCAUACGAAUGAGAUUGGUGAUGCUGCAGCACAAGUGAUUGCCGAGGCACUCAAGCUGAACAAGACGGUGGCAAAGCUCCGUAUGGACCUGAAUCAGAUUGGCGAUGCCGGAGCGCAGGCGAUCGCUGAUGCACUCAAGGCGAACACGAGUCUCACAGCACUCUCGUUGGGUCGGAAUCAGAUUGGCACUGCUGGUGCGCUGGCGAUAGCUGAGGCUCUUCAAGUGAACAAGACGUUAACUAGUCUCUACCUACAGUAUAAUUGCAUUGGCAAUGUUGGUGUUGAGGCGAUUGAUGAGGCACGCAAAGUCCACGGCACGAGUGAAGUUUCGAUCUCCGACCAGAUCAACCCUCUCGCAUUUUCCUUGCUUCCACGAUUAGCAACUGCUGAAGACCUCCAGGCUGUGUUUUGCUUGCUCAUCAGCGGAUCAGAACUGCAGGAUCAAUCCGCAUCGCUACCAGUAUUACCGCCCGAGCUUGCCGAGCGGAUUAUGGACGAAGCGCAUUACUUUCAAGGCGUACAGCAUACCAAACGAUCGCAGUUUUCUGCCGCUUUCUUCGGCCUUGCUCUCAACGUCACAUUGCCUCGAAACUCGGUCCGUGUAAAAUCAAUUCAAGUGCUUCGUGACUGCAGGGCUUCGCUCGACGAAAUCGCCUUUGAUGUGAAUAUCCGAGACGAUCAAGGUGCCGUUCGAUACGAAUGCGCUGCCAAACCGGCUUUUGUCGAAUCGACCAUUCAGCUUGUGACAAUUUGCCCAGCGAGUCAUCCCUUCCUCCGCCAAAUACGUGAGAGUUGGCAAGUUCAAGUUCAACCCAGCAAGGUUUCCGCAAAUUUGCGUUUCGAGUCCCUUUAUGUUGGAUAUGUCUAACGGCAGUACAACCACCAAAUUCCCUCU